AUGACUCGAUCUAUGGAUGCCAUGCUGCAAAUAUAUCGUCGUUCGAGCGAAUCAGUUGUCACACAUCAAUCUUCAAGAUCUAUGAGAUCUAUGCGUGCAAAACUUGACGACCAACGUCGUUCAAGUGAAACAAAAAAGAGUGAUAUACUUGCAGCUCGAAGAUAUGCUACGUAUGAAUUGAAUUGGUAUGACUAUAAUAUGUCUAAUAUGAAAGAUGUAGGUAGUAGUGAAGGUUCUGCACAAGAUACUAAACGGACACUCUCAAAAUCGCUUGUACAAUCUCCUACUACAUCACCUAUGUUACAAGAAAGAAUAUCUGCUCCACCAAAUAUUAAAAAUUCUGUGGCUACAUUAGAUGUCAAGAAUUUAGAAAGAGAAAGAGAAAGAGAAAGUACAUAUUCAAAUGUAUCACAACAACAUCCAUUUCUCGGUGGCAUUACUAUAACUACUGUUCAAGUUGUUGAAGUAGAUCAGAAUUCUCGGAAAAAAAAUAAUUCGGAUAUCAACCCUUCCUUUACACAUAAAAUUAAUAACAAUUUUUAUAACAGUUCUUAUACAAAAGUUAUUCAGGAUCAUGAGGAUUCACGUGCCAAAAUUCAAAAGUCUUCAGAACGUGAGGUUGUUUUAAAUAAUACUUUAAAGCAGAACGAUCGACCAAGACCAAGGAAACAGCAACGGUUAUCAACGCAAAUAGUAAAGACAAAGAGACAAAGUAGAUUAUAUGAUGCAAAUAAUGUGAACGCACAUGCAUAUUCAAAAAUGGUGGUUUUGUCUUCAAAACGUUCAUCAUUAGGUCAUUUUAGUCCAUCACCUUUAAAAGGUCCAGUACCGAAUAAGAAAGUAAUAAGGAAAAAAUUACGAGUGUUGGAAAAUUCUACAACUUGUAAUCCUACAUAUUCAAAUGAUCCAACUGAUAUGGAAGAUGACUUACCUAUAUUAAAUAAUCAAAAAGGUCGAUGGUUGCCAACGCGUCAAAAUGAACCAAAACUCCUUCACGCUUCUCUUGUACCUUUAUCUCAACACGUCAAGCGUGGAUCUGUCGCCCAUGUACCUUUAUCCCAAAAUGCCAAGCGUAAAUCUCUCGUGCAUGCAUCGCCUCGGCUAAAUCAGCCAACGCGUAAUAAUUCAAAAAAGAAACGUUUAUCUGUCACUGUUCCACAAGUCAAACGUGCUUCUCAAAUAUUCAGACAGCAAUUAUUAGAGCAAAGUAUAUUAAUGUCAUUUAAUAAUCAACCACCAGUUUCUAAUACACGUAAAGGCAAACAAAUACGAAAAGCUAAAAAAGGUAUUAGUGCAAAAUUAAAUCAUGAAUCAAGGCGAGAAAGACGAAGAAAUCUUGAAAAACACCAGGGACAAUAUACAAAGAGAAAUCGUGAUUCAGCCCCAUAUAAUAAGAAUCGGCAAAAAGUACAAGCAGAACCGAAAGCUGUAAACGUUCUGUCAAUUCCAAGAAUUUUGGACGUAGAAGAAUUAGUAAAAAAGGUUGAUGAAGAGCUUCGUAAAAGAGAGAAUUUAGUUCCUCCACGACCGCCACCAAGGAGAAUAAUUCAUGGACUACCAACACCUGAUUCUGUUCCUUCAACUCCUCAGAGUAAAAGUAAUACAUCUACAUUACUUACUUCCUUACCAGAUAGAAGGUCUGCAAAGUCCGAUGAAAUGACAUUUACGGAACCACCACCUUUUCCAACCCAUUUAACACAUAAAACAGAUCCUUUUCCAGCUCGCCAAUCACAAAAUGGAUCAUCGCGAACGCCUUCUUCAAUUGUUGACUCUAUUAAUUAA